UAAUUAAUUAAUUAAUCACAUAAGUAUGUAUAAACUAUAAACUGUGUUUUCUAUCAAUUAUAAAACAAUAAAGUAAGAAGAAUUCUUCAAUGUAAGAACAUCAGUAGGAGUUAAGAAGACUCCAAACAGUGAGCUCAAUCUGUUCCCAUGAUUCAGCUGUGCGAAGUUCAUCCCAAUACUGAACAUUGCACCCAACACAUUCUCUUCAUGUAAUAUACAAUAACACCUGCAAACCAACCAAUUACACAGUUAGACAAGACUAAACGGAUUAAGAGAAAUAGUUACGUGGAUCCAGUGGUAUGUAGACACUGACGUAUAUAGAUACUCUGGGUAAUUCAGUUAAAAUAGUAUCUUUUAAGAUAUCCAUCCUACUUAAGCAGGUUAAACUACGUCCAAAGUGCUAAAUGAAUCGAUGAAUGCAUAUCUUUUACAGAAGUUAAAAAUAACCUCGAAGAUGGAAAUAAACGUUAACAGCUGUUUAUAAAUAUCAUGUACAUAAAAUUACAAGAUUUUGUACUAUAUAAUAAGAACGAGGACUACUCCACAGUCUAGUAUCAUCCAUCACAAGUGUCUUUCUCUUCUUAACAAGUUAUACAACAAGCUAAAAAACAAUAAAAAUGGAGCCACAAGCUGUUUCUCCCUUACCGAACCGACAUGCAGUUUGCAUACCUUAUCCAGCACAAGGCCACAUCAACCCCAUGCUGAAAGUAGCCAAGCUUCUUCACGCCAGAGGCUUCCACGUCACCUUUGUCAACACCGACUACAACCACCGCCGCAUCCUCCGAUCACGUGGCCCUCACGCUCUCGACGGUCUCGCCUCCUUUCGCUUCGAGACUAUCCCGGAUGGUCUUCCUUGGACCGACGUCGACGCUAAGCAGGACAUGCUUAAGCUUAUAGACUCCACCAGGAACAACUGUUUAUCUCCAUUCAAAGAUCUCCUCACCCGUUUAAACUCCGGUUCUGAUGUACCGCCGGUUAGCUGUAUUGUCUCUGACGCUUCCAUGAGUUUCACGAUUGACGCAGCGGAGAAGCUUGAGAUUCCGGUUGUUCUGCUUUGGACGAACAGUGCUACAGCACUUAUGUUGUAUCUCCACUAUCAAAAACUCAUGGAGAAAGGGAUCAUUCCUGUAAAAGAUGAAAGUGACUUGAAGACGGAGAUAGAUUGGAUACCAUCCAUGAACACCAUUCAGCUUAAGGACUUUCCAGACUUCAUCAUUAAAACUGAUCAUCAACAUCUCAUGCUUAAUUUCAUCAUGCAUGUCACCCAAAGAUCCAAACGCGCUUCCGCUAUAAUGAUCAACACUUUCGAAAACCUCGAACACGACGUCGUAUCAUCCUUGCGAUCGAUUCUCCACCCUCGGAUCUACCCGGUCGGACCGUUACCGAUCUUGGAAGACCGGGAAAUUAACCGGGACAGCGAGAUCGGACGGUUGAGAUUGAAUCUAUGGGAAGAAGACACGGAAUCCUUAGAUUGGCUCGACACCAAGGAGAAGAAGAGUGUUCUCUACGUUAACUUCGGGAGUAUAACGGUUUUGACGAGCGAGCAGCUGUUAGAGUUCGCGUGGGGCUUAGCGAUGAGCGGGAAGGAGUUUCUCUGGGUGGUGCGAUCGACUCUCCCGGCGGAGUUUCUAUCGGAGACGGCGGAUCGAGGGAUGGUGGUUACGGGAUGGUGUCCUCAAGAGAAGUUACUCUCGCAUCCGGCGAUCGGAGGGUUUUUGACUCACUGCGGAUGGAAUUCGAUGAUGGAGAGUGUGUUCGCCGGUGCUCCGAUGAUAUGUUGGCCGUUCUUCGCCGAUCAGAUGACGAAUCGGAAGUUUUGUUGCGAGGAGUGGGGGUUGGGGAUGGAGAUCGAGGGAGAAGUGAAGAGGGAGAGAGUGGAGGCGGUGGUUAGGGAGGUGAUGGACGGAGCGGGAGGAGUUGAGAUAAGAGAGAAGGUGAUGGAGUGGCGGCGCGUGGCGGGAGAAGCUUCGGCGCCACCGUGUGGUUCGUCUUUUGUUAAUUUUGAAACGGUGGUUAAUGAAGUGCUUAUGGGUGACGGUUAGAGCGGUAUUAUUGGGCUUUGCGUAACUAAGAGCCCAUUUGUUUCUUUAUAUUAUCUGCCGAAUGCAUGGAGAAAUGUACAUGCAGUGAAACUCAAAUUUUAUAAAUUACAACUUAAAAUAUACAUGCAUUGAU